CACAUGGCUGUACUUAGAAAAAAUCUGUGUUCAGUUAAACCACAGACACAGCUAAGGUUUCUCAAAACACUACAACCAGCCCUCCACCUGAACCAUCAGGACCUUCACUGAUCAGGAGCUGGACUUCUUACUUAAUACAAAUCAAUUCAUGGUUGUCCUAUAACUUUCUCCAGCUGAACAGAAACAAAACGGAAGUUAUUAUAUUUGGACCUGCAGAGGAAUGAUCCAAAGUCAGCACAGCUUCGGUUAUUACAGCUGGAGACUUGAGAUCAGGCUGAACUCUGGGUGUAAUGAUGAACUCUGACCUGAACCAUCAGAUCAACAUAAAGACGGUUACAAAGUCGGCCUUCUGUCACCUGAAGAACAUCUCCAGGAUUAGAGGACUAAAGUCUCAACUAGAUCUAGAGAAACUCUGGUAAUAAAAAGUCCUAAAAAUGGAAAGACUGAAACGAAAAGACAGGUCUUCCACCAUGACACGCACCCUGCUGACUCUUCAUACUAACUCUGUCCGGAAUCACUAAAAGGUAGCUUGAAUUUGUCACAAUGUAAAGCAAGGGCCUAUCCUCGAAUGGAAACACUGACACUUUUACAGUGCCUGUAAAAAUUAAUAACUUCUCCUCUGCUUUUAUAAAUUAAUCAUGACCAGCAAAAUUUGGCAUUCACAAAAAGUUUAAUGUCGAAGUGAAAACCUGUUUACAAAAAAUGACAAAAAAAAAGCUUUUAACAUAAAAUAUGUUGCUGCAUAAAUUUUCAGCCCCUUUAAAGUGACUGACCUGCUUAUCUUUUUUCUCAGGGAGGAGCAACACUGACUCAUGAUAUUAAAAUGUCACUCUUCAGAAAUGAAAGUAAUAUUUAGUUGAAGUGACCCCUGAGCUGCUGUGGAGAGAAAUCUCUGUUUCUUUCUGAAGACUUAAGUUAAUGUGUUUCUGCUCAACAAUACUGGUGAGUACAGCAAAAAUUGUAUUUGCUGUUUCUACAAACCAACAGGAAGUUUGAGCUUUUUUUUGAGGACUGAAAGGUGGUAGAAAAUUUCAGGUUAGUGAAAAACUGCAACUCUGAACAAGUUAAAGUGAUUUGUUUUAAUGGAAGCUCUCCCUGACCUGUCCUCAGAGUUCAGACAUGUCGUCUGGCAGCAACCUGCAGUCUAAGGAUCAGUUUCUCUGCUCCAUCUGCCUGGAUGUGUUCACUGAUCCAGUCACCACAGCGUGUGGACACAACUUCUGCAAGACCAGCAUCAUACAGCACUGGGAUGGAAAUGUUCCCUGCAAGUGUCCUCUGUGCAACGAUAACUUUGCCUCUAGACCUCAGCUGAGAGUCAACACUUUGUUCUCUGAGAUGAUUGAUCAGUUGAGACGUGAAGCCAGCAGCAGCUCAGAGCAACAAGUUGCCAAACCAAGAGAAGUUCCCUGUGACGUCUGCACUGGACCCAAACUGAAGGCCCUGAAGUCCUGCCUGGUGUGUCUGACCUCCUACUGCCAGACUCACUUGGAGCCUCACCUGAUCGCUUCACGUCUGAAGAAACAUCAGCUGAAGGAGCAGGUGGAGAACCUGGAGGACAGGAUGUGUCUGCAGCACGAUAGACCUCUGGAGCUGUUCUGUAGGACCGACCAGACAUGCGUCUGCUUGCUCUGCCCCGUUUUAAACCACAAGGACCACGAGUUUGUUCCUCUGAAAGAAGAAUCUGAAGAAAAGAAGGAAGAGCUGAGGAAGACGGAGGCUCAAGUUCAGAAGAUGAUCCAAGAGAGACGACUGAUGAUCCAGGACAUCAGAAAGUCAGUGAAGAUCAGCAAAGAUGCUGCAGACAGAGAGAAAGCUGGAGGUGUUCAGGUCGUCACGGCUCUGAUGGAGUCUGCUGAGAGAGGCCUGAAGAAGCUCAUCAAGGAGAUCCAAGACAAACGGGAAACUACAGAGAAACAGGCUGAAGACUUCAUCAGAGAUCUGGAGCAGGAGAUCUCUGAGCUGAAGAAGAGGAGCUCUGAGGUGAAGCAGCUCUCAUGGGAUGAAGAUCCCCUCCACCUCCUUCAAAGCUUCUCCUUCCUGAAAGCUGCUCCGCCCACCAAGACCUGGACAGAGGUCAGAGUUCAUCCACCAUCAUAUGAGGGGACUGUGGUGAGAGCUGUGACUCAGAUUGAGCAGGAGAUCAGGGAGAAGAAGCUGCAGAAGCUGACGGAGGCUGAGCUGAAGCGGGUCCAGCGGUUUGCUGUGGAUGUGACUCUGGAUCCUGACACAGCUCAGCCCUGGCUCAUCCUGUCUGGUGAUGGAAAACAGGUGAACCAUGAAAACGUGAGGAAGAAUCUUCCAGACAAUCCAGAGAGAUUUUCCCUGUGUCCAUGUGUUUUAGGACAGCAGAGUUUUUCUUCAGGCAGAUUUUACUUUGAGGUUCAGGUUAAAGGAAAGACUAAAUGGGAUUUAGAAGUGGCCAGAGAAUCAGUCACCAGGAAGGGAAACAUCACGCUGAGUCCCCAGAACGGUUUCUGGACUGUUGUGUUGAGAAAUGGAAACAAGUACAAAGUUUUUGCUGACCCUUCAGUCCAUCUCCAUCUCCAUCCUGGUCCUGAGAAGGUCGUCCUCAACAGGAAGUGAACAGUUCAGAUUCUGUGCUGAAGCUCUGGUUCUGUUUCUACACAUUUUCAGCUUUUGAUUGAUUAUAAAGUCAAAUAAUGUUUGUAGCUCAGUUUAUUGAAUUAUUCUACUGCUUGUGUAAGAUUUUUAUUUUUCUUGUUUUAUUGACUUUAGGCCUGCAUGAAAAUGUUUCAACCUGUAUAUCAACUGAUUUAUUUGUAGUGAUUGUUUUGUCAUUGUGCAUCAUACUGGAGCUUCGAGGUCAGCUGUUUAAGAUAUUUAGACAGCAGGAAGAGGAGAUCAAUUGAUUUGUAAAGCAAUUGUUCUGUUUUUUUAUGUUGAAGGCGGUUGGUAGUAAAUUAAAUGCUGAUUAAAAAUGCACCCCACACUUUUCAGAUUUCUUUUUCUUUUUGUAAAGAAAUUUAGCCAUCCAUAUUUUGUUUCAGCUACAACUAC